AUGGGGAGGCCUCCGUGCUGCGACAAGGUGGGCGUCAAGAAGGGGCCCUGGACGCCGGAGGAGGACCUCAUGCUCGUCUCCUACAUCCAGGAGCACGGCCCCGGGAACUGGCGCGCCGUGCCGACCAACACCGGGCUGAUGCGGUGUAGCAAGAGCUGCCGGCUUCGGUGGACCAACUACCUCCGGCCGGGGAUCAAGCGCGGCAACUUCAACGACCAGGAGGAGAAGCUCAUCGUCCACCUCCAGGCGCUCCUCGGCAACCGUUGGGCGGCGAUAGCGUCCUACUUGCCCGAGAGGACGGAUAACGACAUCAAGAACUACUGGAACACCCACCUCAAGAAGAAGCUCAAGAAGAUGCAGGACGCCGGAGGGAACGACGGCGGCUCGGAGGGCGCCGGCGCCGGGGGUGUCGGUGGUGGCGUCCCGAAGGCGGCCGCUCCCAAAGGGCAGUGGGAGCGCCGGCUGCAGACGGACAUCCACACUGCGCGGCAGGCCCUGCGCGACGCGCUCUCUCUAGAGCCCUCACAGCCCGCCGCGCUGGCGGCGCCGGCGCUGCCGACGCCUAGUCCGGGGUCGGUGACGACGUACGCGUCGAGCGCGGACAACAUCGCGCGCCUACUGGAGGGCUGGAUGCGCCCCGGGAGCAGCAGCAAGGGGCCGGAGGCGUCGGGGUCGACGUCGUCCACUACGGCGACGACCCGCCAGCAGCCGCAGUGCUCCUGGGACGGCGCGGCGUCCGCGUCGGCGAGUCACAGCGGCGGCGCGGCCGGGGCGGCAGCAGCGCACACCCCCGAGGGCUCAACCGAGACGAGCAAGAUGGCCGGCGCCGGGGCCGGCGGCGCCCCGCCGGCGUUCUCCAUGCUUGAGAACUGGCUUCUUGACGACGGCAUGGGCCACGGCGAGGCGGGACUCAUGGACGACGUGGUGCCACUAGGGGACCCCAGUGAGUUCUUCUAA